GCAGAGAAUGCAGAGGAGCGGCUGGUGAACUACCUGUUGGGUCCGGAGCGCUACAACAAACUGAUCAGACCAGCUGUCAACAAGAGCCAACAGGUCACCAUCUCCAUACAGGUCUCUCUCUCCCAGCUCAUCAGCGUGAAUGAGCGGGAGCAGAUAAUGACGACCAAUCUGUGGCUGUUUCAGGAGUGGAACGACUACAGGCUGAGAUGGGACCCAGAAAAAUACGAAGGCAUCAAGAAACUACGAAUCCCGUCGAAACACAUCUGGCUUCCUGACAUCGUGCUCUACAACAAUGCUGACGGUGUGUACGAGGUUUCCUUCUAUUGCAACGCCGUGGUCUCCAACACCGGCGACAUCUUCUGGCUCCCCCCGGCCAUCUACAAGUCGGCCUGCGCCAUCGAGGUGCAGAACUUCCCCUUCGACCAGCAGAACUGCACCCUCAAGUUCCGAUCGUGGACCUACGACCACACGGAGGUCGACCUCAUCCUCACCAGCGACUUCGCCAGCCGUGACGACUUCACGCCGAGUGGGGAGUGGGACAUCGUGUCGCUCCCCGCGCGCAAGAACGAGGACCCCAACGACAUCACCUACCUGGACAUCACCUACGAUUUCGUCAUCAAGAGGAAGCCGCUGUUUUACACCAUUAACCUGAUCAUCCCCUGCGUGCUGAUCACGUCUUUGGCCAUCCUGGUGUUCUACCUGCCGUCAGACUGCGGGGAGAAGAUGACGCUCUGCAUCUCCGUGCUGCUGGCGCUCACUGUGUUCCUGCUGCUGAUUUCCAAGAUCGUGCCGCCCACCUCUCUGGCAGUGCCGCUCAUAGGUAAAUACUUGAUGUUCACCAUGGUCCUGGUGACGUUCUCCAUCGUGAGCACCGUCUGCGUCCUCAACGUGCACCACCGCUCGCCCUCCACCCACUACAUGCCCGACUGGGUCAAGCGGCUCUUCUUGGUCCGCCUCCCCACCUUCCUCCUCAUGCGACGCCCCGGCACCUCCAACGUCCGCGAGAAACUCCGCCGGAAGUACGCCAGCCGGAACAACCUCUGUCAGAACAACUCCCGCAGCGGCACCGACAAGAGGCAGUACUCCAACGUCAGGCUGGGCGGGCUCCAGACCGACUCCGAGUCCUUCUACGUCAACGAGGACUUGGCCCAAAAGUUCUGCUGGAGGCUGGGGGACCUCCCGGACGGGAGCGGAGGGUUCUCAGACUUCAGGAGAAAUCUGACCCUUCAGAACGAGGCCGACCUGGACGAGGCAGUGGACGGAGUCCGAUACAUCGCUGAGCACAUGAAGACAGAAGACGACGAUGAAGGGAUCAUAGAGGACUGGAAGUACGUGGCCAUGGUCAUCGACCGGCUCUUCCUGUGGAUCUUCAUCUUGGUGUGUGUGGUGGGAACGCUGGGACUCUUCAUGCAGCCGCUGUUUCAGAGCUACAACACUCCCACUGCUGACGAGGCGGAGUAUGGAGAUUUUUAGGAUUUCUGCUACACGGUAAAGGAAACAAAACAACUGCCUCUCAGCUCC